CAUCGUGUCUGGAGUAAACAACAUGUGCGAUUUUCAUCACGUUUUUCUUCAUUUUCCAUCAUUUGCCACUAUUGACUAGUCAAUAAUUCAUCGGAAAAGCCCCCUAAGCCCCCUAUUCACAAUGAAUUUCCUGGAUUGCGCACCAUGUUUCUCGCAUCCACUUUUCAUGGGACAAUAUAUCGAGGAUAUUGUCGAGAGUCUGUACGAAAAGGAGCGAACUCGGAUCCCGUUCAACUUUGCGUCUCCGCAAAUCAGUUACAGAUCAAUUUUGGUCGAUUUCAUGCAAAAUGUCUCGGAACACAAGCAAUUCCGCCGCGCGACGUUGCAUCUCGGGAUUUAUUUUCUCGAUCUCUUCAUGGACAAUCACUCGAUCGAGCUGGAACGUCUGAAUAUCGUGUCGAUGGUGUGUUUGCUGCUCGGCGCCAAGAUCGAAGAGAUGGAAUUCAAUGUGCCGCGUGUCUCCGAAAUCACCCGCCUGACAAAUAUCGAGUGCACAGUUGCCGAUUACAUUUCGCUCGAGAUGAUGGUGCUCACAUUUUUCGAGUGGAAUGUCAUGCAACCGACUGCGGUGACGUUUCUCGAGCUUUAUUUGGAUGCCGUGAUCUCCCAGGAGGAUUUUGAGCGGUACACGAGUCAAGUUACAGACGGCGUUCUUUAUGCGAAUCACAAAGCGAUGAAAACUGCCGCCACAAGCAUGAUUUUCAAAUUUCUCGAUCUCACGUUGACCGAUGUGCAACUUUCCGUGGAGUGUCCGUCGCAAUUGGCAGCAGCAAUUGUCGCUACAACGCGUUUCUCGAUGUUGCUCGAUCCGGUCUGGCCACCGAAUAUCGAGCGAAUUACCGGAUAUCCGAUGAGCGUUUUGGACCAAUUUGUGUCGCGGCUCUUUCGGUUGCAGGAAGAAGCGACGGGCGACGACGAGGAGGAACGAGAUAAAAGGAAAGACACGCCGGAAUCGGGUUAUAUGUCGUGCAAGGAAGACACAACGGACACGGAGGAGGAGGAGGAGGAAGAAGAGAUCGAAGCGGAAGACGAGACAAUGGAAGAAAGUGAAAAGAUGGAUGACGAGGAGCUGGAAAGGAAAAGAAUUAAAUUAUAGUUGAGAAAGACAAAACCAAAAAUUGACUUGAAAUGAUUUGAACUUGUACAAAAUUAUGAAUAAAGAGUUAAUUUAUCUUAAAUU